UGCAGCGCUGCUUGUUCCUGUUGUGGUCGGAAUGGGUGGUGCACAUGACAUGUGCCUCUGAUAGAAGAUUAUUUACCUCUGAUGUGCUCAGUGUUUUGUUGAAUACAUAUUCAUUGAAUACAAAGACCUUUCAAAGGUUGCGUCUUUGCGUAAAAAGAUGGUGUUUUACUUUAAAAGCGCAGUCGUCUCACCGCCCUAUACCAUCUAUAUGGGCAAAGAUAAAUAUGAAAAUGAAGAUCUUAUAAAGUAUGGAUGGCCUGAAGAUAUUUGGUUCCAUGUGGACAAGCUCUCAUCUGCCCAUGUAUAUCUAAGAAUGCCCAAGGGUACAACGAUAGAAGACAUGCCAAAAGACGUCCUGAUUGACUGUGCCCAGCUGGUCAAAAACAACAGCAUUCAAGGUUGCAAAAUUAACAAUAUUAAUGUUGUCUACACACCAUGGGGCAAUCUGAAAAAAACAGCGGACAUGGAUGUCGGGCAGAUAGGCUUCCAUCGGCAGAAGGAGGUGAAAAUUGUGGCAGUAGAAAAGAAAAUCAACGAAAUCAUCAACAGACUAGAGAAAACAAAAGAGGAGCUGUAUCCUGAUCUUGCUGCGGAGAAGGAGUCCCGGGACAGAGAGGAAAGAAACGAGAAGAAGGCUGAAUUACAAGAGCAGAAGAAAAAGGAGAAGGAGGAAACGAAGAAGAAAAAAGAGACGGAAGAAUUAAGGUACAGGCAUCAAUUUCGUCUGCUUACUUGUAACAUCUACUUUCCUGUAGGAAUUAUUCAUCACUCAUGAAGAGUGACAACAUGACCACAAAUGAGGGUGGCUAUGAUUCAGAUGAAUUCAUGUAAAGAAAAGGAAUGAAUCGGCGAUUAAGAAGAGCCAACAUCUUCCCCCACAAUAUCUUGUUUGUGAAAGGAAAGGACUUGAGACAUCAGAUAUGAGCCAUCAAUAAGAAACAGCAAAAUGCCAGGACCGUUCUAGAGCAGUUAGCUUUGUCAUUUCUUUGAAAAUACAAAUGCAAUAUGUAAAAUAUGUCAAAAAAAUAAAAUCGAUUAGAUUGCUCACAUAAACCAGAAGAAUUUGAAGAUCUCUGCUGAUUCUAUGUAUUAACCAGUUUUGUUGUUGAUGUUUUUGGAUGAAAUAAAGAUACUCAGAGUGGAGAUAUAUUAAUGGAUGUGUACGCUAAGACCUUUAUGGUAUUUUUGCUUGUAAUUUAUAUACCUUUUUGGAGUGAUACAAUUGAAUGACAAAUGCCUAAA